AUGCCCGAGUCCAAGCCUGAGCAGAUUGACCGCGUCAAGGCCAACCUGCCGCUCCCCGAGGACCCUCCCGGCACGUCCGACUCCAACUCGGCCGAUGCGUCGACGGUGAAUGUCGGCAGCGGCCGCACCGAAGCUCACCUGGGCACCGAGGACGCCUCCACGGCGGGCCUGCGCGGGCCGGACACCAAGAGGAGCGAGAAUGUCGACAUGUCCAACGUUGGACGGCAGGGCGUCGAGGGCUUGUCGCACCCGCCCAAGGACGCGGCCUCGAAAUAA